CAGCCGCAAGCCCAACCCGAAGCCAGGGAGGUGGUUGGGGAGUGAAUAUUCUGGAAGGAGGCUUUAAAGGCGUAGGGCGUUUAUGUGCAGCCCCAGCCUGGGCCGGGAAGGGGCGCUUUGGUGGCCGGAAGCGAGUUGCACCGAGGUCGUCGCGGAACCAGCUGGUGACCCUCUCAGGAUGAACCACAAGAGCAAGAAGCGGAUCCGCGAGGCCAAGCGGAGUGCGCGCCCGGAGCUGAAGGACUCGCUGGACUGGACCCGGCACAACUACUAUGAGAGCUUCUCGUUGAACCCGGCAGCCGUGGUGGAUAAUGUGGAGAGGGCAGACGCACUACAGCUGUCGGUGGAAGAAUUUGUGGAGCGAUACGAAAGACCUUACAAGCCCGUGGUUCUGCUCAGUGCCCAAGAGGGCUGGUCUGCGCAGGAGAAAUGGACUCUGGAACGGCUAAAAAGAAAGUACCGGAACCAGAAGUUCAAGUGCGGAGAGGAUAACGAUGGCUACUCCGUGAAGAUGAAGAUGAAAUACUAUAUUGAGUACAUGGAGAGCACUCGAGAUGACAGCCCCCUGUACAUUUUUGACAGCAGCUACGGUGAACAUCCCAAAAGAAGGAAACUCUUAGAAGACUACAAGGUGCCCAAGUUCUUCACUGACGAUCUUUUCCAGUACGCAGGGGAGAAGCGCCGGCCCCCUUACAGGUGGUUUGUGAUGGGGCCACCACGCUCUGGAACCGGAAUUCACAUUGACCCCCUGGGCACCAGUGCCUGGAAUGCCUUAGUUCAGGGCCACAAGCGCUGGUGCCUUUUCCCCACCAGCACGCCCAGGGAGCUCAUCAAGGUGACCCGCGAAGAAGGAGGCAACCAGCAAGAUGAAGCUAUUACCUGGUUCAACGUCAUUUAUCCCCGGACACAGCUUCCCACCUGGCCACCUGAAUUCAAACCCCUGGAAAUCUUGCAAAAACCAGGAGAGACUGUGUUUGUGCCAGGAGGUUGGUGGCACGUCGUUCUCAACCUUGACACCACCAUCGCCAUCACCCAGAAUUUUGCCAGCAGCACCAACUUCCCUGUUGUGUGGCACAAGACGGUAAGAGGGAGACCAAAGUUAUCCAGGAAAUGGUAUAGAACAGAUACAGCACGGGCAGCGGCAGUGCACGCCACCCCCAGCCACCCCGUGCCUCUGUGUCCCAACCCUGACCUGGAGGGACCAGCUCUCGGGGUAAGAGAGGGAUGCCGUCUGGUUCAGUGCUCAGCCCCCCUGCUGAGAGGGCCAGCAGGGGUGGCGGCUCAUCCUCCCCAGACUCACAGGCACCUGAGGCCCACUUCUCCCUCCUGCAGGCUGCCGCGUGCUCCGUCGGCCUGACCUGCGGCAGGGUCUUUGUCCUUAGUCCCAGCGGACGCCACGUAGUUCCUGGGGGGGGGCUUCGGCCUCCGAUGGUCCGGUUCCGUUUCGUCCCUAAUGAGGGGCCCUCUCUAUACUUGACACUUCUCAUUUCUUGCAGACCUAGUCGUUUCCUCCCGCAGACAGAGCCUCACCGGCCCGACUCCAGCUGCCAAGCGCUGAGCUGUGUGGAUAGGGAGGUUAAAAAAGUGAGCUAGGAGAAGUUCAGGGAGAAGUGAGGACGACAGGCUUUCCCCCAAGGGGAAAACACUGAGACUAGGUCACGGCAACGCUGCCUCCCGGCAGGCGCACCCCAGCCCACGCGCAGCGGCGGGAAGUCACCUGGAGCUAGUUUGCUUUGGGAAAAGCCUGACUGAGCAGCAGGCCAGGGCUUUCGUUCCUCCGCAGCCCUCUUUGCGAACGCGCACCUGGCAGUCCCGGGUGCCUCUGAGAGAGAGACGGUCUCCGGCCGAGUCUGGAUUGUGUGCAGGCGUCGCUGCCGGUCCCGGCACUGAGAGCAAGGUUUCUU